AUGGCGAAUUUAACUGAGGAUGGAAAUUAUACGACAACAGGCCUGGGGUUUUCCUGUUCUCCAGGUCUCGGAACAGCUCAGAAGAUAUUCAUUUCAACCAUAAAUCUUCCCUUAUCCAUUUUUGCAAUUAUUGGAAAUCUCUUGAUCAUCAUUACUCUCCGUAAGGUGUCGUGCCUUCAUCCGCCGUCAAAACUCUUGCUCAGUUGUCUUGCUUGCACAGAUUUGGGCGUGGGCCUUAUUUCACAACCUCUUUACUCUGUUUUCUUUAUGGCCCCUGAGCACUCAAGGGUUUGUUUCUUCUCUUCUUUACUUUUUCUUAUCACUGGUUCAAUAUUUUGUGGGGUAUCUUCGUCAACAAUGACUGCAAUAAGUGUGGACAGACUUCUUGCUCUGUCGCUGGGACUAAGAUACAAACAGGUUGUAACUAUGAGGCGAGUAAAGGCUCUCGUUGGUACUCAUUGGGUCUUAUACACUAUCAUUAUGUUGGUAGCAUUUCAGAAUUAUAGCAUUUUCCAAGGCAUUGUAUCUGCAAUAGUUUUGUUAGGCAUAAUGAUCUCUUCAUUUUGUUACACCAAAAUUUAUCGCACUCUCCGCCUCUCGCAAGCACAAGUUCAGAGCCAAGGUCACCAAGGACAACAGAAUGAAGAAGCAACUCCAUUGAAUAAAGCGAGAUACAAAAAGAAAGUGUCCACAGCACUGUGGGUACAAAUGGCAUUACUGGUUUGUUAUCUCCCUUUGGCUUUGGUUUCUGGUUUUGCUUCUAUCACUGACCAUGACCCGCCAUUAUUCAACUUUGUCUCGUCUUUAUCGAUAUCUCUUACGUUCUCUAACUCGACUAUAAAUCCAAUCCUGUAUUGUUGGAGGAUGAGAGAAAUGAAACGAGCCGUAAAGCACACGAUAAGACAAUUUUGUUGUUAUCCUAAUGAAGAAACUUAG